AUGUCAAGAAAAAGACUUUGGGAAACUGAUCAUGAAUUAACAUUACCUACCAGAAUUUCUGACGAGUCUGAUAGGUGGAAAAGAAUUCGAUGCGAUGAAGUUUCAGAAGAUAUUGAGAAUUUUUAUGAAGAUAUCAGAACGCAAAUUUUACGUUAUAAUAACAAAGAAGCAAUAACUAUCAUUAUAGAGACCAUGUUGAAUUCAAAAUGCUGUGCCAGAUGUAUUCUUAGAUUUUUAAAUGUCCAUGAUUAUAACAUUUAUUCUGCAUCUGAAGAAGUUUUACUCAAGCUUCUCUGUCGCAUUCAUGAAGAUUUUUUUAAAUCGAUAGAUCCUAAAUUAAUUUCAUCUACUGAACAUUCUUUUACUGAAAUACUUUCGUGUAGACCCCAUGAUAAACCUGUUUGCGUUACAUGUUUCGAUCUUCUUUAUCAAGCAGAUACUAUUGAGUGCGUUUGGCCAAUUUACCAAAGCAUUCUUGCGCAUAAUUUCGAUGUGAAAGAUUUUAAUCUAUCUGUUUCUAUGCCUACUGGUAUAUUAGUAAAUAAUUAUUCAAUGAUAGUUUGGGUUCGAAAAAUAUGCAAUGAUUUAAAGGUCCAAUGUCCUUUGAAAAAAUUAAUAGACUUGAAAGAAAUUUUUAAGCUUUUAUUAGGUUGGGGUAUUGAAAAACAAUCAGGAAUGAUAUAUGAGUGUCAAAGUCAAUUUAACAUAUCUAUAGAAUAUUGUCACGAUGAAACGAAACGAAUUCACAUGUUUUUGACUAAAAUACCCUCAGCUGAUUUUGGAAUUAAAAAGACCCGUGUUAAAGGAAAACAUGUUCGGACGGGGGAUUCUCGCCCAAAUAUAAUUAAUGCUUUACAAAAAGUAUCAGAUGACGAAUUUUUAAAAAUGUGUAAUGGUUGUCCAUCAUUUGUUGUGAAAGAACGAUGGAAACUUAUAUCAAUAGCAUUGGAGCAUGCAGCCGUUUACGUCGGAGGGAGAUAUAAUAAAUUGUCUCGAGAGAUGAGUCAAACUCCAUGGAUUAUAAAUGGUGUCAAAUUGGCACCAACAUCGGUUUCUGAAUGUAUUGGAGAGAGAAUACGCGAAUUAUUCAAGUGUGAUGAUUAUAAUUUUGUACCGGCGGGUCGGGAGGAUUCUAAUGUGCGUAUGUUAGGUAGUGGUAGACCGUUUUUCAUGGAAAUCUUCAAUCCUCGGAACCCAUUUCCCUCUCAGGAAACUCUAAAUUCUGUCCAAGAAGAAAUAAAUAAAGAAUAUACGGAUUCGGUGCGAUGCCAGAGGUUAACAAUGAUAACCAACAAACAAGAUUUGUCAAUUAUUAAAGAAGGCGAAGAAACGAAGACAAAAACAUAUAGUGCACUUGUUUGGAUUUCCAAAAAAGUUACACCUGAAAUAAUUGACGAGAUAAACAAAUUUCAUGAUGGGUUCACUAUCGAACAGCAGACCCCAAUUCGUGUUUUACAAAGACGUUCAUCAGCAGUACGCUCUAAAAAAAUCCAUUGUAUUUUUGCCGAACAAAUGGAAGAUAACUUUCUAACGUUAAAAAUGACAACUGAAGCUGGGACAUAUAUUAAAGAAUUUAUCCAUGGAGAUUUGGGAAGAACUACCCCAAAUUUGGGAGAUAUGAUUGGAUGUCAUGCUGACAUUUUAGCUUUGGAUGUUUUAGAAGUUGACUUGGAAUGGCCAAUUUA